AUGGAGAGUCCUGGAUUUAGGGCAAUAUUCAAUGUGAUCAAGGGGGAGAAGAAGGAAAGCAAAGAAAAUCCACCUACUCAGCACACCCUCUCCAAUCCAUCAAUUCUGAAUCUUCCACUUCCAAUGACGAACAAUUUGGAACCGAUCUGUCUGACGGUAGAUGAUCUCAUCCAACAGCUCCUUCCGGACCUGAAAGAAAAGCCGGGAGGAAAGACUGGUCCAAGCUUGAAGGAAGUUUGGCUGAAGGCGGGAAGGAAACACUGGAGUGAAUUCGAGGUCGAGGCUCGCAAAUCCUUCCUGGAAGUGAAAGGGAAUGCCAACGUCGUCCUGGCGUAUGCCCCUCGGUCGCCUGCUCAAGUACCUCUGCAUCUGUACAAUGAGCAGCUUCUGUGUGGUGAUGAAUCAACUGUCUGCGGCCGUUUUGGCCAAAACAUUGGACAUGUGAUGACAGCACUUUGCACAGUUACAGGACAAGGACUUCAGGCACUACCUUGGACCUCCCAGUACCGGAAAAAGGUCUCACUUCGGGAGUGUUUCCUUUACAUUGUUCGAAAAGCCUGCGAAGACUCCGUGGCCGACAAUAACACCCCGGAGCAAAAAUGGAUCGUGAAAGUUAAGGUACCCAAGAAUGCCAUGACCGGUAGCUUCGACUCGAUCCCAACCAGCAACCCUCCUUCACAGUCGUCCCAGUCGAGCCAGCUUACUGAGACCGAGCGCAUCAUGUCUAGCCCAGAAGACCAGCCCCGUGGUGGAACCUCAGAAUAG